CAAGGAAGAAAACACCCCAAACAGUCCCACCAAAGGCAGAGAGGAUAAACAACGCCACCCAGGCACACCUCACCAGUCAGAAGACCCAGAAGCCUGGCUUGCUGGUGGAGAGGCACAGCUUCAAACACUUCCCUUCCCACCCACUCCUUUGCAGAUGCCCAUGGCACCACAAGUCUUGCUCCUCUGCCUGCUGGGCCUGGCAGUCACUGGCAGGCAUGGCCUGGAGGCAGCCAUCCCAGGCUGCCACUUGCACCCUUUCAACGUGACGGUGCGAAGUGAUCGCCACGGCACCUGCCAGGGCUCCCAUGUGGCGCAGGCGUGUGUAGGACACUGUGAGUCUAGUGCUUUCCCCUCCCGGUACUCUGUGCUGGUGGCCAGUGGCUAUCGACACAACAUCACUUCCACUUCCCAGUGCUGCACCAUCAGCAGCCUUAAAAAGGUGAGGGUGUGGCUGCAGUGUGUGGGGAACCAGCGUGGGGAGCUUGAGAUCUUCACUGCCAGGGCCUGCCAGUGUGAUAUGUGCCGUCUCUCCCGCUACUAAUCCCAGAAGGGCUCAGGCUCCAGUCCUGGCACUAAUGUGUCAUGGAUCUCUCCAGUGAGGGGCUCUGGCCCUCGUUAGAGUCUGUGAGGAUGGGGUCUCACCUCCUUUUACCUGACCUUCACGGCAGUCUCAUUGCUAUGUUCUCCUUCGCUCCUGUCCUCAGUAAAGCAAGCAAUGUUUGA